AUGAUCGAGCCGGACGUGCUCGGAGAUCAUGACAUGCACUGGGCCCGCAGCCUCGCUCUCGCCGGAAGAGAUCGCGUCAAAGAUCUAAACCAAAGCAACCUCGAAGCCCACGAGGUGCUCGAUAGAAUGCUUCGGACAAAUAUAAAACAUGCAGUGUUAGAUGGGAGUGUCCCAUUUGCGAAGGCUAAUGGAAUGACAAUUUAUGAACACGAGGACAAAGACCCCCAUUUCAGUGAGUUGUUCAAUGAAACCAUGUUCAACCGGACCACCAUGUACAUGAAAAAGAUGCUUGAAAACUACAAAGGAUUUGAGAGCAUUAAUGUGCUUGUGGAUGUGGGUGGUGGUCAUGGUGGCAUUCUUUCCAUCAUACUAUCCAAUUACCCACACAUCAAAGCUAUCAACUUUGAUUUACAUCAUGUUGUCUCCAAAGCAAAAACCAUUCAAGGAGUGGAGUUUGUUGGGGGAGACAUGUUUGUUAGUGUACCAAGCGGUAGUGAUGCCAUCUUCAUGAAGGUUUAUUGA